AUGAACAACAUAAAGUUGAGUCAGUACGAAAGACCAACACUUAUGCAGAAGUAUGCCAUUCCCAUCAUUGUCAAGAAGAGAGAUAUCAUGGCUUGCGCUCAGACAGGUUCAGGCAAGACGGCAGCCUUCCUUGUUCCAAUUUUGGGUCAGAUGCAAGAGAAGCAGUACCCAAUUGCAUUGAUCCUGGCCCCUACAAGAGAGCUAGCGAGUAAGAUACAUGAUGAGGCCAGGGAACCCCACGUUCGUGUCCGCUAUUGUCCGCACGUUCGUGUGUGCAUCGAGUGCGGAGGAGCAGAUAUCAAUGCACAAAUGCAGGAUCUUCUCAAAGGAUGUCACUUGUUGGUAGCCACCCCCGGUAGAUUGGUUGACAUGAUUGAGAGAGGAAAGAUUGGCAUGGAUAGAGUCCAAUAUCUAGUGCUGGAUGAGGCAGAUCGCAUGCUGGAUAUGGUGUUUGAACCGCAAAUCCGUCGAAUUGUCGAGAAGGACACACUGCUCGCGACAGGAGUUCGACACAUACUCAUGUUCAGUGCCACAUUCCCCAGGGAAAUUCAGAUUCUUGCUCGUGACUUCUUGCACAAUUACAUUUUCCUUGCUGGUUGUCCUCUUGAACUUCUUGCUGCUUCAAGUCCAAACAACUUGAUCCUGAUAUUUGUGGAAACCAAACAAGGAGCUGAUCAGUUGCAUGCUUUUCUCUCCAUGGAGAACUUUUCAACCAACUCGAUACAUGGAGACAGAUCACAGAGGCAGAGGGAAGAAGCAUUGAAAGCAUUCAAAACUGGCAAGACUCCUAUUCUUGUUGCUACUGCAGUCGCCGCUCGUGGAUUGGACAUUAGCAAUGUGAAGCUAAUUUAUCAAUUUUGA